UCAGCCAUCUUGGACCCUGUGGAGGCCUGCUGGGAACAGGACUUCUAAAACGACAAAUAUGUCUGGGAGGCUGUGGUCCAAGGCCAUUUUUGCUGGCUAUAAGCGGGGUCUACGGAACCAGAGGGAGCACACAGCUCUCCUGAAAAUUGAAGGUGUAUAUGCUCGAGAUGAAACUGAAUUCUAUCUAGGCAAGAGAUGUGCUUACGUGUACAAAGCAAAGAACAACACAGUAACUCCUGGUGGAAAACCUAACAAAACCAGAGUAAUCUGGGGAAAGAUAACUCGUGCUCAUGGAAACAGUGGCAUGGUUCGUGCCAAAUUCCGAAGCAACCUUCCUGCUAAGGCCAUUGGACACAGAAUCCGUGUGAUGCUGUACCCUUCAAGGAUUUAAACUUAUUGAAAAGUAAAUAAAUAAAAGUGUGGA